CGCGGGCAGCGCGGGGCUGCGGCGCGGAGCGGCGGCACCAGCGCCAUGACCGCGGCGAUGCGGCAGCGCUUCGACCGCUUCCUACACGAGAAGAACUGCAUGACUGCCGUGCUCGAGCGGAUCGAGAGCAAGACCGGCGUCAGCCGCACCUACAUCGCCACCGGCAUCCUCGGCGUCGUAGCCGUGUACCUGGUGGUGGGAUACGGCGCGUCCCUGCUCUGCAACAUCAUCGGCUUCGCCUACCCCGCCUACAUCUCAAUUAAGGCCAUUGAAAGUCCCAACAAAGAUGAUGACACACAGUGGCUGACUUACUGGGUUGUGUAUGGCAUUUUCAGCAUAAUUGAAUUCUUCUCUGACAUCUUUCUGUCAUGGUUCCCUUUCUACUACAUGCUAAAGUGUGGCUUCCUGCUGUGGUGCAUGGCUCCAAGCCCUUCCAACGGGGCAGAGUUUCUCUACCACCGGAUUAUCCGUCCCUUCUUCCUGAAGCACGAGGCCCAGCUGGACAGCGUGGUGCAGGACCUGAAAGACAAGGCUGCAGAGACUGCAGACACCAUCACUAAAGAGGCCAAGAAAGCAACAGUGAACUUGUUGGGUGAAGAAAAGAAGAGCACUUAAACUGGAUAAGUUUCCUUACCACCUCCUUUGUGCAGCUUGAUGUUACUGGGGACUGUGGUAUAAGUUCAAUAAUAUUGCCUUGGAAACAUUUUGAUAUAUUAAAGGAAUGUGCUGUAAGUUUACUUACUACUUUGCUGUGACUGAUAGAGAGUAUGCAUUUUUAUUUAAAAGCAAUGCAGUGGGCAGCAUCUGAAGCUUAAUGAAAAUAUUUUAUUCAUCUUCAUGCAGAAGAAGUCUUUCAGUAAUCUCUUUCUGCAGUAACAUAAAUAAAAAAGUAUAUAUCCCUCAGGCUCUGCACUUUAGUUGUCUCUUUGUCUAUGAAAUUACUCCUAAUACUUUGAUUGUGGUGCAUCUGGUAGCACAAAGCUAUUUCAUAGGGAAAAUUCUGAAUGGAUUUCUUGAAUAUACAGGGAAUUAUUGUAAGAGAUGGCAUAAUGGAUGUAUUCCCCACCACUAAAGCUGUAAAUUGUGAAAUUAUGUGUUCUAGGCACCUGAUUAUAGAGAUUAUUCACUGUUGCAUGUUUUGUUGUAACACAGUAUUUGGUAAAGUGUGUGUAUUCUUAAAUGGAUGGAUACUAAAUAUAGGAAAGAAUAACUUCA